AUGACACAUGACAAGAUGGGAUCACAUGAAGGGAACACAAAAUCAGACAAAAAUACAAGGAAAAGGGGUACCGAAUAUGACGUCGAAGCUCCACACUCCAGUUCAGUAGGUGGAGGUAUAGAUGAAGCAGGUUACCCACAGUUCAUCUGCCUUUGUGCCUCUCAAUCACCCAGCCGUCUUCGCGGGUGGAAAAUCUGUCAGUGGGUGCCGCUCCGCCCGCCAGAGAUUGAUUGCCGUGGCCUUAGCUGCUGCAACUCUGCCACCACGAUUCAAUCUGUCGCUCGCAUUGAAGGCUCGAACGUUUCCACUUUGAAUUAUUUUCUCGGUAGCCUUCGUUCCCACAGAGAUCUCAGUAUAUUGCCACAGAGCGCAAAGGAGUCCAAUGGAGGCUGGGGCGCUCUGCGGCUCAGAAGGCCGGAUACUCCCUUGAUCCGCAAACGGAGUUUUGUCUUUUUUGAGACCUUUGCCAAAGUCUUUUUAGCAAGUCAGUUCACUCGGCAGCCAUUUUUGGAACGCUCAUGGGCAGUUAUAUUUCUAUGUAAACAAACGGCAUGCCAGUGCAGCUCCAAUCUACUUGAAUGGGGAAAGACCGAUAUCUCCAAGACGUACGGCUUUAUUAACACUUGUCUGAAGUCACUGGUCAUCGACAAGUUUGGAGAAGACGCAUGGGAGAAACUGAGGUUAAUGGCUGGGGUCCAGGACACAUUCAUGACCUAUGAAAUUUAUGACGAUGUCAUCACUCUUCGUUUAGUACAAGAGGCCUGCAAUAUGUUGGAGGUCUCUUCAGAGGUGGUUUUGAAGCUGUUUGGAGAAUACUUCUUCAGCUUUUGUAAGAUGUCGGGAUAUGACACCAUGUUGCGAACACUUGGCGGAAACCUGGUGGAGUUCAUAGAAAAUCUUGAUGCUCUGCACAGUUAUUUGGCACUAUCUUAUGAGGCAAUGAACGCUCCAUCCUUUCGUGUGGAGCGGACAGAUGAUAGCCGCAUUCUUCUUCACUAUUACUCAGACAGGAAAGGUCUCUGUCACAUCGUACCAGGCAUUAUUGAAGCUGUGGCAAAGGAUUUCUUCGACAGUGAAGUCACCAUGACCAUUCUGAACCAAACCGAAGAGGACGAACGCACCGGGAAGAAGGAACAUGUGGUUUUCCACAUGCUACAGAAGGAAAAGGUGUCCAAAAGAAAGUCUCAUCCAAGACAGAAAGAAAGUGAAAAGGAGAUUGAGGAGAUGGAUGAGACAAUGCAGAAGAUGAAGGCCCAGUAUGCCAACCUGCAGCUGUGCCCAAGGAAACGAUCUCCAUGGGAGACUGUGAGGAGCAUCGUCGUACUGGGCCAAGGCAAUCUGCGAAACUCAUUCACCCCCUGCUACCCUAACAGACUGUGGAUUGAAGAGCGAGCAUUCUGUAAUGCUUUUCCCUUUCACAUCGUUUUUGACCAAGAUCUUGAGGUGAAGCAGACAGGUGUGAACAUUCAGAAGUUUGUUCCUGGACUGCAGACCGCUGGCAUCCGUCUGGAUGAGUACUUCACCAUCGUUCACCCAGAGGUCAUCUUCAACAUCCAGAGCAUCAAGAAGUUCAUCAACAGCCAGUUUGUGCUGAAAACCAGGAGGGAGAUGUUACCAGAGAUCCAACAAAACCAGACCAUGCUCAAACUACGAGGGCAAAUGAUGUGGAUGGAGUCUCUGAACUGCAUGAUCUAUCUGUGCUCUCCUAAACUACGGAGCCUCCAGGAGCUAGAGGAGAGGGGGCUCCACCUGGCCGACAUUGCCCCGCACGACACCACGCGAGAUUUAAUCCUUCUCAACCAGCAGAGGUUGGCCGAAAUCGAGCUCUCCAAUCAGCUGGAAAGGAAGAAGGAGGAGUUGCGGAUCCUCUCGCGGAACUUGGAGAUCGAGAAACAGAAAUCGGAAAAGCUUCUUUAUGCCAUGCUGCCAACACACGUUGCCAACCAGCUUAAAGAUGGCAAAAGAGUAGAGGCAGGUGAGUUCAAAGUGUGCACUAUCCUGUUCAGUGAUGUGGUCACAUUCACUAACAUCUGUGCAGCUUGCGAACCCAUUCAGAUAGUCAACAUGCUCAAUGCCAUGUACUCAAGAUUCGAUCGUCUCACAAACAUCCAUGACGUCUAUAAGGUGGAGACCAUAGGCGAUGCUUACAUGGUGGUUGGUGGUGUACCCAUUCCUACAGAAACACAUGCAGAGCAGGUGGCAAACUUUGCCCUCGGUAUGAGAAUUGCUGCGAGGGAAGUGACUAACCCUAUCACAGGACAACCAAUACAGAUUAGAGUUGGUCUGCACACCGGUCCAGUUUUGGCUGGUGUGGUAGGUGAGAAGAUGCCACGGUACUGUCUGUUUGGAGACACGGUUAAUACAGCUUCUCGGAUGGAGAGCCACGGAGCCCCAGAUCACAUUCACGUGAGCCCCUUCACUUACAGUGUCUUGAAGGACAAAGGGAUGUUUGAGAUCAGAGAGAGGGGUGAAAUUGAGGUGAAAGGCAAAGGGCUGAUGAAAACAUAUUUCCUGCUGGAGAACCUGCUUAUGAGUGAUGAACAGAUCAUGGGCCGAGUCGAUGGAGAGACAUGUGUGUACCAGGAUGACCUGGAGGAUGUGACUGAAAAUAUGAAGGAGAUAAGCCCUGAAGAGACAAAUGGUGCACAGAAAGAGGAGAAAGAGGUUAUGAACGGGAAAAAUAUCACAUCACCAUCUCUCCACCCAGGAAACAUCUCUCCCAAUAGUUUAAUUCAGUUUGAUGUCACUCCAGCGUAUGACAGUCACAGUGACUUAAAACAUCUACACAAUGGCCUUCAUUCAGAUACUAAAUUCUGCUCUAUACUUUAGAAAGACAUCUCUGAAGUGUACUAAGUUUAAAAAAAGAAAGAAUUUCUAUCCUAUUCUAUCCAUCCACAAAUCAACCCAGUGCCACAUGGCAGUGGUUCCCAGCCCUGUUCCUGGAGGCCCCCCCAUAUUUCCCUAAUCAAACAAAUCUGAUUCAACUCAUCAGCUCGAUAGUGGAGACUCCAAGACCUGA